GUUUUCAUUCUCGGCGUCAACUUCCCGGAGCGGAACCUUCUGAAGAAAUCUCUCCAAACCUUCUUCGGUAUCGGAACCGACACUUCCUCCCGUCUCCUUGCCCGCUUCAACAUCCACCCUACUUGCCGCGUCGGCGAGCUUGCCAACAAGCAGGUUCUCGAUUUGACUGCCGUGCUGUCGGAUAUGAAGAUUGAGAAUGAUCUCCGCCGAGAGGUUCUCAACGAUAUUAAGCGCUUGAAGGAAACUGGUACCUACCGUGGUCGUCGCCAUGCUCUGGGUCUGCCUGUGCGAGGACAGCGCACACGCUCUCAGAUCAAAACCCCUGUCAGAUUGAACCGCAUGGAGCGUCGUCUAUAA